UCUUAUCCUCUGGUCAAGAAGAAGAAGAGAAAGAUGAGUUCCGUAGGCCAAAGCAUUCUCAUGGCUUUAACAGUAACGGUUAACAAAUAUGCUUCUUCCAAUGUUCAAUCUGUACGCAGAAACGAUACCAAACGCGAUUCUUUAGCCGCUCGAACCGCUGAUUUAGGACGCAGAAACGUCCUCUUCUCCUCUUCCUCCUUCAUCGCAGCCGCUUUGACCACCAGCGAUCAACUUCUCCAGAAGUAUUUGAAGAAGACUGAGGAAAACAAAGCCAAGAAUGAUAAGGAGAGAUUGGACGGGUAUUACAAGAGGAAUUAUAAAGACUAUUUUGAGUUUGUUGAAGGAUCUAUAAAGGGAAAGACAGAAGCAGAGCUCAGUGAGUCUGAGAAACGGAUUCUUGAAUGGCUCAAAGCCAACAAAUGAUUACGAAUUGAAGAUGAUGAAUUGAUGAUGAUGAUGAUGAUGAUGAAUUGAUGAUGAUGAUGAUGAUGAUGAAUUGAUAUGAUGAUGAUGAUGAUGAUGAUAACUUUUUGUUUGUCUAUGAAAAUUUUUCGUAAAAAAAGACAGCUCAGUAGUUUAAAAUCUUUUUAAGUUUUGGUUGAAUCUGUUUCUUCCCUUUCUCAAUAUGUUCGAAAAACGGAGUACCAGAAUGCAAGCUCAGUCUUGUGGAUGCAAUGACAGAGUCAAGAGAGUGGAGUGGACAAGUGACUUGAAGCUAGUAGUCUCUCGUCUCCAUGGGAGAUAAAUUUUUGGAAAGAGCCUAAACCUUCUGCGUUUCCAGUCAAGGAUGUUGCUUGAACCUGUCUUGCUAGCUACUCGUGGAUAAGCUUGUCCACGGCGUUCCCGGUUGCUAUAUUCUUUGAACUGUUAUCUGUUAGACACAUUUUGUAGUAUCUUUUAUGGUUUCCACCGGGACCAGAAAUACAGUGCCCUUUCACUA